AUGUUUUGGGGUGUAAAAUUAUAAAAUGGAUAAAUCAAAACCAUAAAGGCCAAUCUGAUAAUCACCAACCUGUGUGGUCUUGGUACAGUGAGACUCAACAACAUAAUGAUUGCGACGCUGACAGCCAAGUAGGUUUGAUAUUGAUAAUAUAAGAAAAGCCUCAACUUUUGGUUGAUUAUAAAGUAAAUGGAGAAUUCACAUUGUAAAGCGAAGGAGGCGAUGUUGACGUGUGUGGGUACUAUGCUGACAAGGACUCAUUGGACGAGUAGGAUUUGCAACAAUUAUCGAUUAAAGCAUAAUCAAUGCAAAGUGAGGAAUAGUUGGAUGCCAUCUUCAAGGAGCAAUUAAGAAAUAUAUAGAAAAUGCUCAAAAAAUGAAAUUUAAUUAGUGC